AUGUUUUUAGAUUUUAUUCAUCCAGCAGGAUAUGUUUUGUUCAAUAGUGUAUUCAAACACAAUCCAUUCGAUAAGAAGUUUCUAUUCGAAAUGAUUCAUACCAUCCAGCAAUUUUUGAAUGAAACAAAUCCAAAAGAUACACAUUUGAUCCAUGCAGUAAGAAAUAAUGAUGGAGCUUUUGUGAAAUCACUUAUUGAAUUAUUAAUUUUAGAUCCAAAAAUUGAUAAUUUACAUAAAAUCAUCUGCGAAAAACGUCAUCAGGAAUACAAAAAAUUGACAUUUGAUCCAGAAAUUGAUGCAAUAUCAGGUGAGGAUGAUCUCACAGCUCUUAUGGUUGCCGUGAAAAAAGGGAAUGCAUCAAUUGCAGAAUUAUUAAUUGAUCAUGGCGCCAAUCCAAAUAUAACAAAUCAUUCAGGAAAUACAGCUCUAUUAUAUGCAAUUGAAAAAUCAGAUCCCGAUUUGAUAAAAUUACUUAUUGGACAAAACUGCGAUUUAACUAUUGUUAAUAAUCAAAACAAAGAUGUCUUUUCACUUGCCUUAGAUAAGAACUAUAAAUCACUUGCUUUGAUAAUUGUUCACUUAUUGAUUCAGAAUACAAAAUACUCUCAAAACAAAUAUUUCCUGAAAGAGGAACAUGAAUCAUAUUAUAACAAAUUGAUUUCAAUUAUAAGAAACGAAAAACUAAGCGAAAAGCUCAAAUUGUUCCAAGAAUCCAUUUCAAAUGGAGAUGAAGAAUACAUAAAAUUCUUCAUGAAGUUUUUGAGCGAUGUUAAUUAUCAACAAAUAAUUAACUUAUCAAAGCACAUUAUAAGUAUAAUGGAAACUAAGAAUCCUGAUAUUUUCAAGAUACUUAUUAAAGUUGGUUAUGACUUCAACAAACUGUUCCUUCCGAUUUACAAGGAAUAUAGCAAUUAUAAUAUCUUUUUAAAGAUCAUAGAAGGUGGAGUUUCAUUUGAUUUUGAUGUCAUUUCAGAUAUGAUCCAUUAUUACAAAUCUCCAGAAUUUUUGUCAGAAAUCAUUAAAUAUAUUGAUAUAGAUAUCUUUACUUCAUAUCUAUUAAACUCAAAAGAAGAUUAUGAACUGAUCAAUCAAAUAAUGAUAUUAAAUGGGGUUCAGUUAACAAAGCUCCUUUCUGUUCCAAAACACAAAGAAUUUAAUGAAACAACUCAGAAUAUAUUGACCAAUUUAAUUGAUAAAUGUAAUAUUCCUCCAAAAGAUAUAAUACAAGCAUUGAAAGAGAUUGAAUAUGAUGCUUCAUUUAUUAAUUUCAUCAAAGUGCAUUAUAAAAUCGACGAAAAUGAUAUAUUCCAGAAUUUAGAUAUUGAUAAUGUUGAUAUAACUCCAUUAGAAUUAGCAAUUUUGUCUAAUAAUUAUGAAAUGACAAAGUAUUUGUUAGAUCAUGGAAAACAAGUAACAUCGAAUGAAUUUUCAUUGUCGAAAUCAAAAGAGAUAACAAAAUUACUCAUCUUGUAUAAACCAAGAUUAGAUGAUGGAUCCAUCAUAAAUCAAUUAUAUGAGAAUCAAGACAUCGAAUCUAUUCAAUUCCUUUAUUCAGAAAAUCCGAACAUGAAUCCAUUUUUAUUAUUCUCUAAAUCGAUUGAUGACAACAAUAUCACAUUCCUUCAUGAAAUCAUCAAACUUCAUUUCGACAUCAAUUGCAGAAACAUCAGAAACGAAACACCACUUCAUUAUUCGGUUCUUCAUAAUAAUUCGCGUGCUGUCGAAGUUCUCUUGCAUAAUAGUGCUAAUCCAAAUCUUUGUGAUUUCUCCGGUAACACAGUUUUGAAUCUAUGUUCCAUCAAUAAAGAAAUAUCGAUCGAAAUCACGCAACUCAUUCUUCAAUAUUAUCCUAAUCCGAACAUUGUUAAUUUGUUUGGAAACAAUUUCCUUCAUUCAUGUGCAAUGACAGAUAAUGUACGUGUCUAUGAUAUUGUGAUCAGCAAAUUCCCAAAUUUUGAUAUCACAAUAACGAAUUACAAUAUUGCCUCUGCUGAAUCAUUAUCAAUGUCUCAAAAUUCAACAAAAAUGAUGAAGCGUUUGAAGGUGAAACGAUAUGACGUUGUAACUCCAGUUCCUCCAUUUGAUCCCAAGCCAUAUUUUGAUACAGAUAUCACAUGGAUCAUUAGAUUUAGGAGAUAUUCAUACUUGAAAUUUUAUCUCGAACAGAAUCCAAGAAUUGAUGUCAAUGAAAAGAAUGGAAAGGGUGAAACUCCAUUAUAUGUUGCAGCAUCAGCUGAUAAUUCAUAUAGAUUUAUUGAUUUGCUUGGAAAAUAUGGAGCUGAUCCUAAUAUCGAAUGUGGUGGAAAAACACCGCUUCGCCUUGCGAUCGAAAAUAGAUUCUAUGGAAAUUAUGAAGCAUUAAUUCGAAAUUCAAGAUUGAACAUAAAUAAACAAUUCGAAAGAGGAAUCAACUAUUUUCAGAUUGCUAUCAGAUGUAAUUGUCUUCCAGUUUUGUAUCUUUUGUAUGAUAAGAAAUUCGACAUUGAAAUGAAAGACGAAAAAGGUAAUACAUGCCUUCACUAUGCUUCCGAAAUUGGGAACAAAGAAAUCAUCGAAUUCUGCUUGAAAGCACAAACAAAUCAUUAUCUUGUUAAUAAUAAUUCAAUGACAUGUUUGAUGUAUUCAUCAUUCCUCAACAAAAGUAUUUUCAUUGAUUGUUAUCUUAAAUAUCACUCAUACAACUGGAUUCCAAUAUCUGAUUAUUAUCGAUCAUUAUUCCUUGCUUCUCUUCUCAAAAACAAAGAAUCAGUUGAUGUUUUAAUUUCAAGAUACAACGAAAUCAAAGAUUUAUUAAAAUAA